GCGUCAUGUUAGUGACCCUUCGAAAAAACUCCCACAGUAAUUUAGCUAAACUAUCACGUUUUUAACUAAACAUACCAUGCAUAUCAUCGCAAGAUGAACCUCAAUCCAACCGUGCGGCUUUCCCCAUCAUUGCUGUUCAUUGUUCGAUACGGGCUGUUGCUGGUCCUAUCGUUUCUGUGCUACUUCUUCACCCGGACCGGACACUUUGUCUUCGAUGACUCGGUAGCGAUCGUCAAGAAUGCCGACGUUACCAAUCCGCGCACGCCCUGGGAGGCCCUGCUUCGACACGACUUUUGGGGCGCCAAUCUUACCGACAAGAAAAGCCACAAGUCGUUCCGACCGCUGACGGUGCUCAGCUUUCAGCAGGAAGCUCGCCUAUUCGGAUUGGAUCCAACGCAGAUGAAAACCACCAACUGGAUGCUGCACACGGUGAUUGGCCUAUUGCUGCCCACGUUCUUCCAGGUGGUCAGCUGGAAGCGAAGGUGCGAGCCGUGGGGUGUGGAAUACUGGUCUGCCGUGCUGUUUGUAGUACAUCCGAUCCAUACGGAAGCGGUGGCCGGUAUUGUUGGCCGGGCCGAGCUACUGACCGCCGUCGGAUUUGUGCUGGCUGUGAUAGUGUACGGUGGACUGAUUGAAGCUCACGUUUCUAUUUUUAAGUACGUGCUAGUAUUUUCAACAGUAUUUAUUUUAACCGCAUUGUCUGUAUUAUGCAAGGAAACCGGAAUCACCAUCUUGGCCACCUGUGCAGCCUUGGACGCGUUGACGCAUAUCAACCUGCAACGUCCCAUCCGUACAUUCCUGGACAACCGCCCACUUGUAAAUCGCUCUAUCAUCCUGUUCCUUAUGACCUGCACCCUUAUCUACGCGCGUCUUCACGUCCAAAACUUCACCACCCCUCAAUUUCGCGACAAAGAUAACAUCGUAGCGUUCAGCAAAGGUACGACCAAGGUCCUUUCCCAGAAUUACCUCUACUGUUUGAACCUAUGGCUGCUGCUGUGCCCCGAUUGGCUCAGCUUCGAUUGGGCACUGGAAUCGAUUCCACUGGUCAAAUCACCCAGUGACUACCGAGUCACGUUCAUUGUGAUAUUCUACGUCUUCCUGGUGGGACUGAUCAUCCGCAACCGACGUCAACCGCAAGUGCUGAAAGGACUUGCUUUAAUGCUCAUUCCAUUCCUACCGGCUUCCGGAAUCAUUCGGGUUGGAUUUGUGAUUGCCGAACGGGUUCUCUACAUCCCGUCGCUAGGGUUUUGCUAUCUCGUUUCGUUCGGAUUUGUAAGACUGUACGAGAAGCUAGACAUUCGAUGGAUUCGGAUAAUGCUCGGAACAGGAUUGCUGCUGGUUUGUGUGAUAUUCGUCCUCCGGACGGUGCAACGUUCUGCCGAAUGGGCAACGGAACAUAUUCUGUUCCGAUCGGGCCUCCGAGUGGUCCCGAACAAUGCCAAAGUGCACUACAACAUUGCCAAGCUGGCAACGGAUCAAGGCGAUAAGAAGACAGCAUUUGCCUUUUACCAUCAGGCACUGAAACUCUACCCGGAGUACGAAGUGGCCCACAUGAAUCUGGGAAAUUUGUACAGCGACGCGAAGGACUACCAGCGGGCCUUGAGGCAUCUGCAGAAGGCCAUCCAGUAUCAUGAGGACUUUCACACGGCCUGGAUGAAUCUGGGCAUUGUGCAUGCAGCGUUGAAGAACCACAAGGAAGCACUGGUUAGCUACCAGCGAGCGCUGAAAGGCAAGAAGCACUACCCCAACUGUAUGUUCAAUUUGGGAAAUUUGUACAACGACAUGGGAAACCACACGCUAGCCCUGGCCACGUGGAACGAAACCGUUCGCCAGGACCCGAGGCACGUCAAGGCGUGGAACAACAUGAUCAACGUGUACGACAAUGGCAACCUGCACGAUCAGGUGCUCGUUAUAACUGCCCGGGCCUUAGCCCAUCUACCGGACCACCCGAACCUGCUGGCAGCCCGCGCAAUCGCCCUCGCUAAAAUGGGAAACUUUGCGGAAGCGGAGAAAAUCUACAGCGAUCUCAUUGUCAAACAUCCGGGCGAGGAGAAGUACCUGCAGAACAUGGGUGUCCUCUAUCAUCGCUGGCGAAAGUUGGAUCAAGCCGAACGGAUGUACCGGGAAGCGUUGAAGAUCAACCCCCGCUCGGAGAUGGCAAGGAAUAAUCUCUCAAAGCUGCUGUCUUCCCGGCAGAAGCGAAGCAAUUGAAUUUGAACGUGUACGUAUGUUUUAACCUCGAACAAUUAUA